CUACGGGCGACGCGGGCGCCGGGGAGCGCGGGGAGCGCGGGGAGCGCCGCCCCGGGCCGCUGCCAGACGCCGCCGAGAGGGAGCCCCGCAUGACAGCGCCCGGUGGGGCCGAAAGCCUCAUAAAGAAGAUCCCCAUCAUUUCUCAACAAUCAUAUAGCCACCCGAUGUAACAAUGGUACUAAUAUUGGGACGAAGACUAAACAGAGAGGAUCUUGGGGUGCGUGAUUCCCCAGCAACUAAGCGCAAAGUGUUUGAAAUGGACCCGAAAUCUCUGACAGGUCAUGAGUUUUUUGACUUCUCCUCAGGAUCAUCCCACGCCGAAAACAUUCUGCAGAUCUUUAAUGAAUUCCGAGAUAGCCGCCUCUUCACAGAUGUCAUCAUUUGCGUGGAAGGGAAAGAAUUUCCAUGCCACCGUGCCGUUCUCUCGGCCUGUAGCAGCUACUUCAGAGCGAUGUUCUGUAACGACCACCGGGAAAGCCGAGAGAUGCUGGUGGAGAUCAACGGUAUCUUGGCCGAGGCCAUGGAGUGUUUCUUACAGUACGUCUACACAGGCAAGGUGAAGAUCACGACUGAGAACGUCCAGUAUCUCUUUGAGACGUCGAGCCUCUUCCAGAUCAGUGUUCUCCGGGACGCAUGUGCCAAGUUCCUGGAGGAGCAGCUCGACCCGUGCAAUUGCUUGGGGAUCCAGCGCUUCGCAGACACCCACUCACUCAAGACCCUCUUCACCAAGUGCAAGACGUUCGCCUUGCAGACUUUCGAGGAUGUGUCCCAGCACGAGGAGUUCCUGGAGCUCGACAAGGACGAGCUCAUCGAUUACAUCUGCAGCGACGAACUGGUGAUCGGCAAAGAGGAGAUGGUCUUCGAGGCCGUGAUGCGCUGGGUCUACCGCGCCGUGGACCUGAGGCGGCCGCUGCUGCACGAGCUGCUGACGCAUGUCAGGCUCCCUCUGCUGCAUCCCAACUACUUUGUGCAGACCGUUGAGGUGGACCAAUUGAUCCAGAACUCUCCCGAGUGCUAUCAGCUGUUGCACGAGGCACGGCGAUACCACAUCCUCGGAAAUGAAAUGAUGUCUCCACGCACGCGGCCUCGGAGGUCAACCGGCUAUUCCGAGGUGAUCGUUGUCGUUGGCGGCUGUGAGCGAGUUGGGGGAUUUAAUCUUCCAUACACUGAGUGCUAUGAUCCCGUGACAGGAGAAUGGAAGUCUUUGGCGAAGCUUCCAGAAUUUACCAAGUCAGAGUAUGCAGUCUGUGCACUCAGGAAUGACAUUCUUGUCUCAGGUGGAAGAAUCAAUGGCCGUGACGUCUGGAUCUAUAACUCACAGUUAAAUAUCUGGAUCAGAGUUGCUUCCCUAAAUAAAGGCAGAUGGCGUCACAAAAUGGCUGUCCUCCUUGGUAAAGUAUAUGUUGUUGGAGGCUAUGAUGGGCAAAACAGACUCAGCAGCGUGGAAUGCUAUGACUCCUUUUCCAAUCGAUGGACUGAAGUGGCUCCCCUAAAGGAAGCUGUGAGUUCUCCUGCCGUGACGAGCUGUGUAAACAAAUUGUUUGUCAUUGGUGGAGGACCUGAUGAUAAUACUUGUUCUGAUAAGGUUCAAUCCUAUGAUCCAGAAACCAACUCUUGGCUCCUUCGUGCAGCUAUCCCCAUUGCCAAGAGAUGUAUAACAGCUGUUUCCUUAAACAACCUGAUCUAUGUUGCGGGUGGAUUGACCAAGGCAAUAUACUGUUAUGACCCAGUUGAAGAUUACUGGAUGCACGUACAGAAUACAUUCAGCCGGCAGGAAAACUGCGGGAUGUCGGUGUGUAACGGUAAAAUAUACAUCCUGGGUGGAAGACGGGAAAAUGGGGAAGCCACAGACACUAUUCUCUGUUACGAUCCUGCCACAAGUAUCAUCACAGGCGUCGCCGCGAUGCCCCGACCGGUGUCCUACCAUGGCUGUGUGACUAUUCAUAGAUACAAUGAGAAAUGCUUUAAGCUCUGAAGCCAAGGAUACCUCACCCAAGAAGCCACAGCAAUUCAAGAUACAAGAGGUUUGAGAAAAAGCGAAAAUCAAAAACUCAAUGGGAACUGACAUAUUUCCUCCUUUGUGCCAUGUAAAAAAAGGGGGGGUAAAGAUAAUCAUUGUGGUGCCUUUCUCCCCCCAAUACUGAUGUUUCAACCUGUAAUAACGCAUUUCCCAUAACUGAAGGGGAAAAAAAUCCUUUUGUUUGUUUGAAAGUAAUAGUGGUUGUGCUUGGGCGUUCAGAGCUUCCUUUUGCAAAUAUUUGUAAGAAACUUUUGUGUGGUAGGAAAUAGUGUCAACCUACAUUACUUUUAGGACUGUAUGAAUGAUUUCUUCAUUUCUUCAUUCUUCAUGUAUGAUUAUCUGCAAGACUGUAUAUUCCUUAUUUCGUGAUAGAACAAUUAAUUACGUGACAUCGGGCUUCAUUUAGUUUGAAUAUUAGAAUGCUUAAUAAUGAAUUCUUAAAGCAGUGGUUUUUAAAACCAUUUCCCCAGGGAGGGAAAAAAAACAUACUGAUUCGUUUUAUUGAAGAUUGUUUCUGUACUUGAUAAAAAUGUCAUGACAGUGUUUUCAUAUCAUAAUAUACUGAAUCAUCUAGGCUGUGUUCUUAAAAUUUCUGUCUCAUGGUUUGAGAAAGAGGUUUAUUUCAAGAGAGACAGAGAGAGAUGUGGUAGGGAAGAAAUAACAAAAACACAAGUCCUUAAGAUGGACGCUAAAAUUCUAGGCUGAUUUAAGUCACCGAAAUCUGUUUUGUAACUUUAUCCUAUAAAAACAGGGACAGUCUUUUUCCCUGGCACUGUAGGUUUGACCCCUGUAGUCCAGUACUUUGGAUGAGGGUCUUUUCCCUGGUGAGCCUGUUGAGAAUGGCUGAAAGUCCUGGGAGUCUUUACCCCUGAGUUGCCUGUCUAGGAUAAAGUGGGGACCACCUAUCUCAGUGGGUCCAUUUGGCUUGUAAAAUAUGCUAUCUUUAAAAGAUUGACAGUGGUAGUCGAGGCAUCUAAGAUGAAUCGUUCAUUUGUACCCCUUAUAUAGAUAGAGCUCUUUGCUCUCAAGUUCAUGUACUGGAAAUUACCUUGGUCUAGAUUUUUCAACUUCAAAUUUAAGGCUAACUAGUUUUUAAAGAGUAAUAUUAAGGUUAUUUGUUAAGGUGUAUGGAAUUGCAGGAGCAACUGCUUAAAUAAUUAUUAUUAUUGCUGAAUAGGCAGAAAUAAUUCACAGUAUUUUAAGGGUUUUCCAGGAGCCUGUUGUAUUUCAGUGUCCCAGGCACUAUGGUCUAACAUUACAAUUGCAUGCUCCUGUGAUUACAUAUAUAAUAAUAAUUGUAUAUGUAUAAUUGUAUAAGUGAGAAGUUACAAAUAUGAGAUUUGGUGUCACAGAUUUCUCUUGAAAUCUAGGUGAUUUACACCGAAACCCUAAUGUCGAUAUAAAUUACCUGUGUAUUUUCUCAUAUUAGAAUGAUCCAGAUUUCAAAUGAAAUAUCAAGCAUCAACUUUAAUGCUUAUUAGCUCGAACACUUAGUUGGACUCUGAAUUCCAAAAGAAAGCCUAGUUUUUAUUAUUCAGAUUAUAAUUUGAAAGAUGUACCUUCUGUGAUCUUUGUCAGCAAUUUAGGAAACAAAUUUUUUCUCAUUUUAGUUAAAAGAUGAUUAUAGUUACAGUCAGGAUAGAAGUACUUUAGUGAUUACUUUUUUCUUAAAGUAAAUAUCGACUUUCUUAUACCUUUUGUAGAUAAUGAAACCUAUUUAGUACAGAAAAAUCUCUGCAGUAAGGGAGAAAACCUUUGCAAUAAGUGAGUAUGAGGACAGUAUGAGUCUGAGCUGAGGUAAUAUUAUAGAAAUGAUGUGUGUUACGUAGUGUAUUUCUGAGAUCAUCCAGACACAUCACAAGACUUUCUCAAACUAAUCUGUAUUCUAGUACUUUUGUUUAUUGUAAAAGCAUUAACUCUUUACUUGUAUUUUAUUAUACAUUUGUUUUUUAAUAUCGAUGUGUUUAUUGUAAUCAUUUGAAAUGAAAUUCUAUAAAAUAGAAUUUGUUUAAACAUAAGUGUCAUACCAAUAUUGUUUAAGUUUUUUCUCAACAUAAUUUAAAGCUACAUCGGUUAAAUUGACUACCAAGAACGUAGCUUGAGUCCUAGGAAAUUAAAGUAACUAUUUUUGAAGCCGAAACUGAUACUUUCAUUUCCUCUAUCUUCCUUUAUUGGUUUUUGAUAAAUACUGAUGUUAACAUUGAUGGAGAAUUCUUAAAAUUCUGUCAAAAGGGAAAUAUCAGUGAAGUUUGUAUUUGAUUAUAUUCAUGUAGUCAUUUCAUAGUUGGAAAAUUUUCUGUGAUAAGUAAUACUCAUGUAAGCCUUUAGGUUAGUAUGUAUGUAUAUACAUGUAUAUAUGUAGAUAUAGUAUGGUCAUGUAUGCAUAAAUACAAACUCCCCAAAUUUGAUCAGUUUGUGAUUAUCAGGAAAAGGCACAUAAAGUAAAACUUAGUUGCCAUUUUUAAAUUCAGUUCCAGAAGUUCUUUCACUUGUGCAUUUCUAAAAUGUGUUUUUAUAUUUGCGAGUACAUAAUGACUAAUAGAAUGAUUUGUAGACAGAAUCUAUAUCAAACAUUUGGUUUUGCAAAAUUUGAAAACAAAUUUGAGGUAGAUAUAAGUUUGCAAAUCCCAGCUGUGAUACCUCAGUAGGACAGGGAAUUCAAGGGUAUGUUUUAUGGAUCAAUAGAAAAAAUAGUUUUACUUUUUAUGAACUUUAGUCCUUUGCCAGUUUUUUCUCUGUGUGAGUGGACUAUAAAGUAGUCUGGAUUUUACCACAAGACUUUCCUUUUCUCCUCUAAUCUUCCCACCCACUUGACUGCGCAACUAUGAAAUGAUAGCCUCUGGGUUCUUCAGUGACUGAAAGCUGACUCCUAGAUGACUGAAAUGCAAGUUGUUGUUUUUUCCUCGGGUAAAAAAAAAAUGAUGAAAAUACUCAGGGAGGGUAUUCGCUUUCAUUUUGCCCACUGGGGUGUUCACGGUGCCAUGAUUGAACUUGCAGUCUAUGAUUCUAGAGUAAAUUAAAUUUGAUCAAGGGGCUUCACACAUGACAGUGGUUAACAUUCAUUCUUUGAUACUGAAAAAAGGUGAAAAUGUUCUGUGGACUGAUUCAUUUUCUCUUAGUGAAAAUGACUUGUUUAUAUCUCUAUGUCAACUACCCUUUCGACUCUCAGGAAAGACAACGGUUCAGCUACACUACUUCUGUCAGUAUGCAAACCAGGUGUUUUUGUUUGUUUGUUUGUUUUUUCUGUUGUCUGGAUAUGACAAUAGAUUUUUUUUUUUAAAGAAUCGCUGUGAGAACUCAUACAUGAAAAGAGAGGGUUGAUUGUGUGUGCCUUUUUGUGUCUUGAGAUUUAUUUGUGGAAAAGACAAGAGAUUGCAUUCAUGUGGUGGCAGGUGAUAAGAUCGUCUCUUAAAGGCUUCCUGUGGAUUGCCUUUGUGUUACUACACUCAAGACACCAGCAAACCUCAACAGAAUUUUGGCCUUACUAGAAUUUACUGUGCAUUGUCCAUUGUACUGAAAACCAGGUUUACACCCCUAUCCCAUGAUUUUUAGUUAAAUAAAUUCGCCGUCCCAAGUAUCCAGAACAGGUUAAUUUGGUUACCUUCAGGCAGUAAAUUGGACUGGCUAGCUAUACCUCCUGUGACAUCCCACAUUAGGUGUUAGGAAAACCACUUGAGCCAGGCGUCUGAUAAUUCCAGAGACAUUUCAACGUAUUUCAGACAUUUUUAGUGUUUUAUAUGAAUGUUUUUACAUGUGUGAUUGCCUUAGAUAAUAAAUUUGUUUAGUGCUAAAGAUGAUUAUCAUUUUUGAAACAGCAGUUGUCAUAACUUAUUUUCUAUAUUGUUCCAAAGAAGAAUAUGUUUUCAUAUCUUCAAAAUAACAGCCUCUGCAUUAGGUUAUGUGCCUUAAGUUCUCUAGUGCUGUUUCCCAUUUGGCUUUUUUUUUUCUUCAUUAAAACUUAUGUGAGAUAAAUUGCCUAUGUACUCCCUAUGAAAUAAAGUUCCUUUCAAAAAGUUUUAAAUGAGCACCAGCCCUGUGGUUGUUUGGCAGAAUGAGACUGUUGAGAGAGGUUGUUGGGUGUUUGGAGUUUCGUUAAUAUAUUUCGGUUUGUUUCAUCUUUGAUACCACAGUGCUUUAUUGAAGAUAUUCGUUGAUUAAACUGUUGUCAUACUCACCUACCGGACCUCCACGUAACAUCAAGAAAGUAAAUCCACUUUUUUUCUAUUCUAAUGUACGACCUUUUUCCCUCCACAGGCGUUUUCAGAUGUAACCCUCCUGAGAAAAGUUUUACUCUUCCUUUCCCAGCGCUCCUCUCAUGGCUUCUGUAUUUAAAAUUCUUUGAGAGUUUCUGAGGCUAAGAUAACACAAUUACAGAGUAGGAUGAAAGCACAGUAUCCUUUACAACUUGUACAGACCUGUGGCAGCCGAGUCAUUUGCUUUCAAUUAAAGACUCCAGGUCUGCAGGGGAGAAAGGAAAACGCUUUGUGUUUCUUUGUUCCCAGUUCAAUUGUGUAGCACAUGAGUUGUGACAUGUUUUAAGUAUACUUUGUGCAUAGCUGAAUUUUGUAAAAAGCGGUAUCUAAUAAAAUGUCGUCUACCCCUAAUACUUGACUACAUGGUUUAUUAAAUUUUGUUUACCAAA